GUGCAUACGACAUGGUCGAGAGGUUCUUGGAACAACAACCUGCAGUCUGUGCCACCUUGCUGUCUCCAGAAGUCAGAAGAGGAGAGUCCGAUCUCUGCACUCUAAACGAAACAGAUGUGUCAAAUGCAGAGGACGCCGUGAGUGCAUUAAAGCCAAUGAAAGAUGCAACCAUGCUGAUGUCAGAAGAGCGCAAUCCAACAGUUUCUCUCAUUGCCCCUAUAAAUGCACAACUUCUCCAGAGCAUGACAGACACGAUGGGAGACACACCCAUGAUCCAUGAGAUCAAGAAUUCUAUUAGAACAGAUCUCCAGAAGAGGUACAGCAGUGAGGCCGAGAAGAAGAUCCUUCAUACAGCCUCUGCACUGGAUCCUCGCUUUAAGGGACUGCCUUUCAUCCUCACAGAUGAAGAAAGAUUGGAGAUAUUUAAAGGAGUCACUGAGGAAGCUGCAUCCUUGGAGAUUACAUCAGAUGAGAGUGAGAGGACACAAGAGGAUCAUCAAGUGCCUAGAAGAAAACAAACUCUGGAAGAAGAGGACAGUUCACCCAUCGAAGACAACCAUUCUCCACCAUCUCCUCCCAAAAAGGCCAGAUCGCUGCUCGUGAGUUUGCUGGGACAGUCUUUCACUGACACUGAAGGUACAAUAGAACCCAAAAAGACCCCCUAUGCCAAGGCUGAAGAGGAAAUGGAAAACUAUUGUAAAGCCCCACCUCUGCCUCUCACUGAGGACCCUUUGAACUGGUGGCGUGAGCAUGAGGUCAUAUUUCCCCUCCUUUCUCGGCUGUCAAAGCAAUACUUGUGUAUCCCAGGUACAAGCGUGUCUGCAGAGCGGGUUUUCUCCACUGCAGGAGAUGUGGUAACUGCAAAAAGAAGCGCCCUCAAACCAGACCAUGUAGAUCAAUUGGUGUUCUUACAGAAAAAUCUACAUGUUCCCAAAUGCUGAGCAGUGUUUUUAAUUUUAUAGAUUUUGUUUAUAGCAUUGUCUCUGCCACUGAAAUUUUUUAUUUCUCUGUCUCCCCUGCCAGACUCCCCUUUUCCCUUC